AUGGUGGGAAGUUCGUGGUCGUCGUCUUCAUCCUGCACAUCGUCGUUCGGGUCCCUCGACGACGAUGUCGUCUGCGUCAUCAAACCGGACUCUGUGGGUGCCGCAGCCGUCGCCGAGGGAAGCGUCAAGUUCCUGUGCAGCUACGGCGAGUUGCAGCGGAAGCUGAGGGAAUUGUGCGGCUGGGAAGCGCACCUGCGGUGCCAGCUACCGAUGGAGGACCUGGACGCGCUCAUCUCCGUGACGUGCGACGACGACCUCGCCAACCUGCUCGAGGAGUACGACGAGGCCAGCAAGGACCGCCUCCAGUCGCUCAAGAUCCGGGCGUUCCUGUUCCCAAGGACGCCGGCGCCUGCGUCGUCCAUACCGCGUCGCAGCCCGCCGUCCUCCCCGCCGUCGGAUUCCAGACCGUCACCGAGUGCUCACCUCCAUAGGCAAAACACUUCCCCGGCGGCCGCAGCCCUCGUCUCGCUGACGUGCGCGCCGCGGUGGUGGGCUGCGCCCCAGGCCUCUCGCCAGGCGCAAGCGCACCAGUCGCAGAACUACGACCGGCACGGCCUUGGCGAGGAGCGGCCGCACCCGCACCGAACACGGAGUGUGGUUCCGGCCUUAGUUCGCCACGUCGCACCUGUGGCAUCGCUGGAGAUGUGGCCGCAAAUUGAUAAGGCUUUGGCCUGGAGCCUGCUACUCGACCUCCUCGACCGUGGCUACCACCUCGUCACCUCCACCAUCAGCGGCUUUCUCUGUGGCCUUUCCUGGUUGCGCCUGAUGCCAGAGUGUCGCCGCUGCAUGCCGCGGGUCAUGCUAUGCCCGCUCUGCCGCCAGCGCUCACGGCCAUGCCGCUAUUGGCCAUUCCUGGGACGAGCUACGGCUUGUCCAUGGCCUAUAGAUUGUAGAGCCACCCACCGGACCAUCCAUGGUCUCCGUAGAACCCCAUUCGUGUGA